AAUAGGUUGGAUGAAAACAGACAAGGGGAAAGAGGGGCGAGGAAGAAGGGGGAAAAAAAUCCAGCCUUUCUCCGGCUGUGGCCAUUUUCUUCAAUCAUAAUUUCAUUUGUGGACUCUGAAGCCUGGGAGAAAGAGGGGGGGGUGAGCAGCACACGUUUCUUCAACCCCCACCUCCUGUUUUGCCUGAGCCAUAGGCAAAGGUUUCACACACACACACGGACGAAAGAGGAGCACACACAAGGCUAGGCCGCAAGUCAUUAGUUCUUGGUGGGCAAGCACUGACAAAAGGCUGUGAGAGAGAUCCGCAUGAGUGCCUGGAGAGCGACCACAGGAACUAUGGAGGGCUGAGCACAAGGACGUUCUCCUGCUUUUUUAUUUUGUUUUGGGGAAAGAAGCAGCACGGAGGACAUUGUCACAACCGAGCAGCCGUGCUACAACAAACAGGGAAGAGACGGAUCACUUGUUUGUGUUGAGGAUCUAUGCUCGUGUAUUUAGGAGGUGAGCGCAGUCUGCUGCAGCUGGCCCACGGCCACAUGUGAGUGAUGUUGUUGUGAGGACAUCAACUUGUUUUUGCUUGAUGAGGAAUGACUUCAUUGUGGGUCACAAUGCUGCUGCCGCUGAGGGGAUUACAGCAGAAUAGGAGAGCAGUGUCUGCGAUCUCAUGCUGGCUGAAUGGGAGGAAGAUCUAGGGCAAGAAAAAGGAUUUAAUCUGAAGGAAUGAAAGCCACAUAAACGUCCAGGUUCCCUCGCUGAGACCGGUUGACCAGGCAGCUAUCGAGGAGGCUACUUUUUAACCAUCUUGGGAAUCGGUGUAAACAAAAGGACCAAAACAACAGCUGGAGAAAAGAAGACAAGAAUAGGGGGAAUUGAAAUCCUCAGGCAUGCAAAACUAAAAGUUGCCACACUGACUGUUUCCAGGUCAUAGUGGAGUGGGAGGAGACUGAACCGCUCUUCUUUUUUCUGCCAAACACCCUCCCUCUCAAUGCUGUAGCCUAUUUUCUUUCUAAUUGACAUCUGCUUGUUAAGCCUGAGGACUCUUUAUUUUCUGCUAAUAUAAGUUAUAAUUACCUUAAUUAACGAAUGAGAGCACAGGCAAGCAGGAAACACUGAUUCAUUGAGGUGAGGGGAGUAACACACUGGACUUUUUUAUAUUUAUGUUACCUUGACAGCCAGACAUCUUGGCUGCCUGUCCCGUUUUCUUCCUCCGUGGUUCGGUAACCAAGCUAUGGCCAUGGUGAGUGGGGGCUGGGGAGAUCCCAACGGGGGCACUAACGGGCUUGGGGACAAGAGCUACCUGAGGGGGGAGGACGAAGACGGCUCUCCGCAGGCGGGAGGAAGCGACAUGGAGGCCGCGGACGAUGACAAGUCGUGCGUGGUGGACUGCGUGGUGUGCGGGGACAAGUCCAGCGGGAAACACUACGGCGUUUUUACGUGCGAGGGCUGCAAGAGCUUCUUCAAAAGGAGCGUGCGGAGGAACCUCAACUACACUUGCAGGUCAAACCGAGAGUGUCAGAUUGACCAGCACCACAGGAACCAGUGCCAGUACUGUCGACUGAAGAAAUGUUUCCGUGUUGGCAUGCGCAAAGAAGCAGUUCAACGCGGUCGGAUCCCACCUCAGCCGAGCCUCAGCCCCUCCAUCACGCCCUUAGGUGGUGCCAGCGGCCUUGGAGGUGGCGACUUCUACAACAACAACAACAACGGAGGAAGUGGCGGAGGUCAGCCGGUGUCGGAGCUCAUUUCCCAGCUGCUGCGAGCAGAGCCGUACCCCAGCAGUAGGUUUGGUCACCAGUACAACCAGCAGGCCGGUCCGGAUAAUGCCAUGGGGAUCGAUAACAUCUGUGAACUGGCUGCCAGGCUACUCUUCAGCACCGUGGAGUGGGCCAGGAGCAUCCCUUAUUUCCCCGAGCUGCCUGUGUCAGAUCAGGUGGCUUUGCUGAGGCUGAGCUGGAGCGAGCUGUUCAUCCUCAACGCAGCCCAGUCGGCCCUGCCACUACACAUGGCCCCCUUGUUGGCCGCGGCCGGCUUCCACUCCUCGCCCAUGUCUGCGGAGCGCGUAGUGUCCUUCAUGGAUCAGGUGAGGGUGUUCCAGGACCAGGUGGACAAGCUGAGCCGGCUGCAGGUGGACUCGGCUGAGUACAGCUGCCUUAAGGCCAUUGCGCUGUUUUCACCAGACGCCUGUGGUCUAACAGACCCAGUCCACGUGGAGUCUCUGCAGGAGAAGGCUCAGGUAGCUCUGACAGAAUACGAAAGGAUGCAGUACCCCAGUCAGCCUCAACGCUUCGGACGCCUGCUCCUGCGCCUCCCGGCCCUGCGCGCCGUUCCCGCUAGCCUCAUCUCACAGCUCUUUUUCAUGCGCCUGGUAGGAAAGACCCCCAUCGAGACGCUGAUUCGUGACAUGCAGCUCUCCGGAAGCUCAAUCAGCUGGCCGUAUGUCCCGGGACAGUAGCCCGCUUACGGAAGAGGUCUCCGCCUGGGAUUAGUGACGACAAAGACCCACAGGAAACCUCCUGACUCAUCACUAUCCAUCUGUGUGGUUAUCAAACUGCAGUGCCAGCUGGCCGUCAUAUGACCUGUACUGUAACCACUCUAUUCACUCUCAUGAAAUGAUCCCUCUGUCUCCACACGGCCUUUAGUAAAGAGAGGAGCCAGUGCCAGCCAGGAUCUGUCUUGUUGCCAGCCCAGUCGCUCUGGUGCCAGGUCUCAGGGCUGUGAACAGCUUUUCAUGCUGGGCUCCGAUAUGGCCACCACGGCCAGUCAUGCCACCCCCCACAUGCUACAGUGACUAAAGGCACUCCAGUUUCAUGUAGAGGGCAGCAGCACCCCGCGACAAACACAUCUAGAGGACAAAACGGUCCCGCCGCUGAAUUUCAGCAGAACAAUUUUCCCCACACUGGGCUCAUUUUCCACAGCUCACCCUUUGUGAUACAUUGACCUUUUUAUCCACACUGAUAACAUUACAAUUACAUGAUUAGAGUGGAUCUAAUUGAACUGUGGUGAACUGAAUAUUGGACAAAGAGCGAGCUCGUUUUUGAAGCAAAGCUCUUUUAGCUCAACACUGAGGAGGGAACGGAUCAUAUGGAACCAGAAAGAAAACAAAACCAAGGAAAAAUCACCAAAGUCUAUCAUUUCAUCCUCAGAGAUGGUUUCCGAUUAUAAUAAUUAGUCCACAAAGCAGAGAGAGAGAGAUGAAUGGACUCUUGUGACUGCCUGACCAUCAAGAGGACAAUGCAUUCAAACUCAUUCACAGGGUUCACUGUUGCUGUCAUAAAGCUGCAGUAACAGGGGAGCGGACUUAUACCUCACUAGACAUCAGAAUGCUUCAGUCUGAUAUUUCCUAAACACAAACCUCUGUAAAUGUUGUUCACCAGAAACCGCCUUCUUUUUGACAACUGCCUUGUUUUUCAUUCUGAAUUUGGGGUGAGCAGCAUCACAAACAUAUUUAACAAAACGAAAUGAUUUGACCGAUUGAUCAUUUAAUUGAAUUGAAUUGGUUUAAUCAUAGUGAAUUCAGCUGUCAAGCAAUGUUUGGAUCAAGCUUUCUUUGGUUGUUUUGGAGAAAUAGCAGGCUGACAUCAACUUGGGUUCUUUUAAAACAAACAACUAAAGGUAUAUUAAUUAGUUAUAGUUGGUGGUGAGAGUUUAUAACCAACACUACUAAUAAAAACACCAGUUUAUGUCGAUCAAUUCUGUUUCUGGGGGUAAAGUUCCCUAACAAAAUGUGUUGAUAUGUAUAUAUAUAUUGAAGCCAACUUUGUCUUUUUGCAUGUUGAAAUGUUGUUUUGGAUCUCUGCUAAGUGGAGACUUGUUUCAUUCUUUUACAUUAUGUAAUUCAAGGUUCAUUUAAGUAUUGCUUUCACUGUUGACUUCUAAAUGUUGUUUUUUUUCUAUAUGUAUUUACAUGAAAAUACCUCUGUCAUCUGCUUAGAUGUCAAAAAAAGACGCUUAUCUUCAUGCCAUUACAGCUGAUAUAAUAAGAGUGAGUCUAUACUGUUGGGAAUGAUGUGAGACAAUACUGUAAUGGAUGGAAAUGUGUUGGAAAAACUGCACUUGGAGGAUAUUCAAUGCCAAAACUUCAUGCUUAAGUUAAAAAAAAAAAGACGGGCCCUGAUCUGCUGGUCCACUAGGAUUUACCUCAUGCUGGUAUUUCAAGAGGCGGGUUUACAUGAGUAAAAUAUUUGAAAGGAAAUCAUAAUAUCACCUCUAAACACAAGGCAUUUCAGCAGUUAGUCUUUUCAAACACGAAGUAGAAGGAUGUAACUCUGCUUCUUGAUCUACCGCCGGGCCUUUCGAAAGUUAUUAAGAUCAUUUUCUUUUACGCAACAACUCACAAUACCAUGUCAUAGAGAAAAAAGGCUAAAUAUGCUAUUAAUGUUUUCUUAUCUUUGUGUUACUGAGGUCUUACGUUUUUUAAAAUUUUGUGUGUGGAAACGUUAUUAAAAGAAUCAAAAGAUGACGAUGUGUCUUUUGUUAUGUUUUCUUUGUUAUGUUGUAAUUACAUCUGUAUGAAGAAUGCCAAAUAAACACUGCGACAUGAA